AUGAGCCAUACCCUAGUGGUGCCUUGUGCUUGUGACACUUUUGUGGAGUUGCAGUCUGGGGGGGGUCUCACCCUGCAGUCUGGGGGUCCCACCCAGCAGUGUGGGGGUCCCACCCAGCAGCCGGGGGGUCUCACCGUGUGCCCCCUCCCCAAGGGCCGCGAGGGCGAGAUCCGCCACCUGUUCCGCGGCUUCGCCUUCCUGCACUGCAAGAAGCUGGUGGAGAACGGCGGCAUGUUCGUCUGCAAGACGCGGCACCUGGUGCUGGCGGGGGGCUCCAAGCCCCGCGACGUCACCAACUUCGCCAUGUGCGGCUUCACGCCGAUGUCGCCCCGCAUCAGCAGCCCCAUGCACCCCAGCGGGGCCGGGCAGAGGGGCGGAUUUGGGGCCGGGGGGCUGAGCCGGGGCCGCGGGCGCCGCGACAACGACCUGAUCGGGCAGACGGUGCGCAUCUCCCAGGGGCCCUACAAAG